AUGUCUCUCUUAGCAAACCUUCCGGCACCUACGAAGCAACAUGCAGCUCCAAUACUGGCUGUACCAGCAUCUUCUGCUAUUGUUUCAACAGCCUAUAAGGAGCCCCCACCCUAUCUGCGUCGUCAAGGAUGGGUGCCCCGACGAGCAGAGGACUUUGGAGAUGGCGGAGCAUUUCCAGAAAUUCAUGUUGCACAGUACCCUUUGGAUAUGGGCAAGGGUGGCGGCGCCAAGGGGAACCAACAGCUUGCGGUGACCUUAAAUGCCGAUGGGCAGAUCAACUAUGACGCCGUGGUGAAGCAGGGUAGCAACAGGGAUCGCAUCGUCCACUCGGACCACAGCGCGCUUGUUCCGAAGGUGGACCGUCUGAGCAAGGAGGCCCUGGCCCGGCCCGAUGACGAGGAGGUCGAGAAGACUAUUCAGGAGACCGCUGCGGCCCUGGAGCGGGUGGUGCAGGGCAAGCUGUCUUCCACCAACCCCUCUAAGCUGCCCAACCAGCCGGGGAGCUCCACCCUCAUCAAGUACACGCCCGCGCAGCAGGGAGCGCAGUACGCCUCCGGAGCGGGUCAGCGCAUCAUCAAGAUGCAGGACCUACCGGUGGACCCCCUGGAGCCGCCCAAGUUCAGACACGUCAAAGUACCCAGGGGACCCGGGUCGCCCCCCGUACCCGUACUGCACUCGCCGCCACGGCCGCUCAGUGUGAAGGACCAGCAGGACUGGAAGAUUCCGCCCUCCAUCUCCAACUGGAAGAACCCCAAGGGUUACACCAUCCCGCUGGACAAGCGUCUUGCGGCGGAUGGUCGGGGCCUGCAGCAGACCCAAAUCAACGACAAGUUCGCGGCGCUGAGUGAGGCGCUGUUCACCGCGGAGGCCAAGGCGCGAGAGGCCAUCGCCAUGCGGGCCAGCAUCCAGAAGGAACUGGCGCUCAAGGAGAAAAACAAGCGAGAGGCGGAGCUCAGGCAACUCGCCAUGCAGGCGCGCAUGGAGAGGCAGGGAGCGGGCGCGGGGGCAGCUGGAGGCAUGGCGGCGCCGCCGCCGCCGCCGCCACCUUCCGCCGGGGGUGCGGCUGCGCGAGGUACGGCGGACCGGGACCGUGAUUAUGACCGUGGCCGCGGCGGCGGCGACGAUGAGCGCUACCGCGAGACGGUGGAGGAGCGCGAGGAGCGGCGGCGGCGCGACGAGAUUCGGGAGGAGCGCCGGAGGGAGCGAGAGCGAGAGCGCCGGCUCGAGGCCGCCAACCAAGGGGGCGCCAAGAAGUCCAAGAUCACUCGGGAUCGCGAGCGUGACAUCAGCGAAAAGGUUGCUCUGGGUAUGGCCAACGUGGGUGCCGGCGGCGAGGUCCAGUACGACCAGCGCCUGUUUAACCAGGACGCUGGUAUGCAGAGCGGCUUUGGUCCCGACGACGCGUACAACAUGUACGACAAGCCGCUGUUCGCGGAUCGUGGCAGCCACCUGUUCAAGGCCAGCCGCGCCACGGCGGACGAUGAGGACCUCGGGCCCUCGGACGCCGGGCCGCGCACCGACCGCUUCAGGCCGGAUAAGGGCUUCGAGGGGGCGGAACCGGCUCCAGGUGCGGCGGCUCGUGGCGGCGGCGGCCGGCUGGAGUUCGAGCGGCAGGCAGCUGCCGCAGAAGAGGCGGACCCCUUCGGUCUGGACCAGUUCCUGUCGGAGGUCAAGGGAGGAGGACGGGAGCGAGGGGGCCGCAAGGGCAACGCGCUGGACGCCAUUGGUCAGCGUGGCGGCAUGAGUGCGGCGGGUGGAGGCGCUUCUUUCGAAGACGCCGGUGCGGGUGCGGGCAUGGGACGGCGGAUGCAAUUUACCUCGGGCAGCGGCCGCUGA